AUGCCGAACAUCAGAGACCUGCCCAACGAGCUUUUGCUGUGGAUUGUGUUCAAAGACGACAAUGUUAAUCUUGCGGCGGUUUUGCUCCAGCACAAUGCCAACAUCAAUGCCUUUUACCGAGGGAAAACACCGUUGAUGAGGGCGUUUCAAUACUCUUCCGCUGCAAUGCGCGAGCUGCUGCUCAAUCGUCGAGAGCUAGACCUCAACAUUCAUAAUCAAGCGCGCGAAACCGCGCUGUGGUAUGCCAUUCACUAUGGAAAUUACUCCAUGGUCCAGAGACUUUUAGAAACGGCGCUCCACCUAGCGGUCUUCACUGGCAGGAUAGAGUUCGUACAUCUUCUGCUGUCAAGAGGUAGCAACCCUGAUCUACAGGAUGAUUCAGGCGACUCGCCGUGGGCCUGGGCACGUCAAUUCAAUAGACCCGUGAUGAAAAUGAUUCUUUCCAACGACCCCGACUCCGACUUGUUUCUUGGAACUCAAUCAGCACGGGACGCUCCGCUACCGCUGCAUCAAGCAGUCGCGCAUGGUUCUGUCGCCGCUGUCCGGCGGCUUCUAAGACGAAAAGACCCGGUGCUAGACACCCAGGACCGGAAGGGUUAUACGCCGAUCCAUCUCGCCAUCGAAUGCAAUCGCCCUGAAGCGGUCGAUUUGCUUCUGAGUCACCCGCGUGCCAAUGCGAACUGCAAAGACAAAGAUGGAAAUACGCCGCUUUGGCUUUCUACGUACUCGUCUUACUAUGAGAUAACCGAAAGGCUGUUGGCCGACAAAGACAUCGACGUUAAUCUUAUUGGGGGCCGUGGGAGAUUCGAAAUACCGUCUACAUCUCUACACCACGCCGCGGCCAGAUUGGAUACCGUGCUUCUACGACGGCUGCUUGCGGUGCCAGAGAUCGAUCCGAAUCUAUGCGUUGCAGGUCACUCUCCAAUCUCCAUUGCCGCAUGUCACGGACGCGUGAACACGGUUGCUUGUCUACUGAAUAUGGGGAACGUGGAGAUCAAUGGGAGGGGUUCAAUAGAUCCGCCACUUUGUCGAGCGGCUACACACGGCCAUCACGAUGUGGUCAGGCUAUUAGUGCAACAAGGCACACGUCUGAACAUCAAUGAAAGCACGAUCGCA